GUCUACAUCGUACGGGGUAUGAGCGGUCGUCAUUAAGGAAUAACUUCGACAUUAUGGGGAAAGCAAACACGAUGUUUGUGUUCUCACUUCUGGUCUUUAAUCACGCCUGCAAAGCACAUGCAACAUGUGAGGUUUAUCAUGAUGCUUCAGGCAGAACCCUGGCUGACUGUAGCAAGCGACAACUAAACACGGUUCCACUGCACCUCCCAAGAAACACUGAGUCGCUUAAUCUCGAGAGCAAUUACCUCACUGAACUGAAAGACAAUACAUUCUCUCUUUACAGUUGUUUAACUGUAUUAAAUUUGUCUUCAAAUCGAAUUUCAAAACUUGAACCAAGAGCGUUUAAUGGAUUGUGGAAUUUAUCAUCUUUGGAUAUAAGUAACAACUACUUACAUGUGAACACAGAAACCUACCCUGACGGUAUAUUUGGACACUUGUGGGAUCUACAAGUCCUUAUGUUGAGACCAGUAAUGAAAGAAUACAGUUAUGGAAAAUUUCCAUCCAAUACUUUUGAACAUUUAGUUAACCUAAAACACCUACAACUCAGCUACUGGCCUAAUCCAAAUCAAUCACUUUUCUUUCAACAUUUAAAGAGUUUGAAAUCGUUAAGUUUGCUAAAUACUGACGACUGGUAUGGUGGGAUGUUAUCCAAUUCUACCUUUUUGACACUGAAAAGCACACCCCUUACAAAUUUAGUGUUUUCUGCCGAAAUUGAUUAUUUGGACGAAAAUAUAUUUUCUCCACUUUCACAAUUGAACUCCCUUUUACUCACGAACGACUUUAACGGGCGAUUAACGUUAAAGAAGGCAAUGAGAUCUUUAAAGUCAUUUUCUGGCAGGAAUAUGACCACAAUCAAUUUGCGCGGCAUUCAGGAUACACGGUGGCGUAUAGGAUCUAAUGAUGAAAUAACAAGAACCAUGAUGCUAUAUGUGUCUGAGAUAUGUGUGGACAACCUUGAUUUGUCUUGUAACAGACUACGGAUAUUUCGAACGGAUGCAGUGUUUUCUUCAACAUUUUUCAAUUGCCUGAAAAGUGUGGAUUUAACAGAAAAUCCGAUCCACGGUGAUACUGCAAUCGUCUUUAAACUUCAGAUUUUCACAAAUCUACAAGUUGUUAAGUUUGGUGAAUUGCAACGACUGGAUACUAUUGCAGAAACAAGAAGAAAGGGUAUGCGGCUAACACUUUUCACGCCUCCUAUGUUGGAAAGAUUUGAACUUUAUGCCGCAGGACAUAACAAUAUUCAUGGUGACGUCUUGCUCCUGAAUACAACAAAUCUACAUACACUUGACCUGUCGCAUAAUGGUUUGAUAUAUAUCCAGGGCUAUGUAAAAGGUCUAUGUCAUGUACGACGGUUGUAUUUAUCUCACGGAUUAUUUCACCCUUCAACGUUUGAGAACACAGAUAUCAGAUCUAGCAUAGAAGAACUAUAUGCUGACUAUACUACUUUUGGCCUGCAUUUUCUUACAUCUAAGACAUUUUUGGAUAUUCCUCAUCUCCAAAUACUUGAUCUUUCCGGACAAGGCCUUUUCCACAUAGCAAGGAACACUUUCACAAGCUUCACAAAACUGGAAUUGCUCGUAUUGUCUGAUAACACCUUUAUUUUCAUACCUGAGGAAAUAUACAGCAUGCAAAGAUUAAAACAUCUUGAUUUAUCAUUUAAUGCUUUAAGUUCAUUGUCAACUGAGGACAUGCAUGCUUUUGAUAAUAUAAUUGAGAAUAGAGACGGUUUCAAUUUACACCUAAAUGGUAAUACAUCCGUUUGUUCCUGCUUUUCUCUUGGUUUUAUAGAAUGGCUACAGACCACUAAAGUGAAUCUAGACCAUGGAGGCAACUAUUCCUGCCUGACAAAUGAAGGAUUGGCAUCAAGCACUGGAUUGUUCAACAUACAUUAUGAGUACCACUGGAGAAAAUGUAUAGGACAGCGUUGGUUUACAGUUUCCAUUGGAUUAUUUCUUCUACAGAUCAUAUCAAUUAUUUCAGCUUUUCUUUUAAAAAAAUAUUCACCUAAAAUUGAAUACUUUCUGCUGAAUACAUUUGGGUACAACAGUACUGAACCUCCGAAGAGAAAAGAUUUCAUGUUUGAUGCUUACAUCAUCUAUGAGAGUUCAGAGUAUCAAUGGCCAUGUCUAUGUCUGUUUUCGCGGCUACAGGAGCGAGAGAAUAACAUCAGACUAUAUCUGCCUGACCUACACGAGCCGUUUGGAUGGCCCAAGGCAGAUGCUAUCAUCGAGGCCCUGAGUGACAGCUGGAAAGCUGUCAUUGUCAUCUCCGAAAGGACCUUCACAGAUGAGUGGACAUACUUCACAAUUAUUUCUGCUGUGAGACUCUUUUCUGCCCACAAUGAUAUCACAGGACGGAUUAUUCUCCUGUAUAAAGACGUAUCCCCUCAAGUGAAGGCAAGAGUACCGCUGGUGUUGCUGAAUGUUGUACCAGAGGAGCACAUAAUAGAUGUCAGUGAUGGAGUUGAGUUUUGGUCAACACUACGACAACUAAUAAUGGAGGAGAAUGCAUCUGCUAUUGCAUUUUAACAGCCUUUAUAAUUGAUUUCCAAUGAAAAUAUUUAUACAUCUCUUAUCAGUCUGUAAGCACCUGAUGUCACUUAUUAAAUACAACUCUUAUUAUGCAUACUAUAUUUAUGAAGAUAGCUAAUAAUGUAGAAAGCUGAUGAUUAAUGUUGACUCCUAUAUCACGGCUCAUCAGCAUUAUAUAAAGAUACCUGGAAAAAUGUUAAGCGCCCCAUGCUACUUUGGCAAAUCUAUGGCAUUAAAAGCUGGAACAUGUUCUAUUUCCUAAAAGACUAAAUCUUUGUUAAUUUACUCACAAAGAGCACUUGUUAAAGCACCCUUCAUGAAAGUUUUGAAAAUGGUAUUCAUAAUGGUGGACAUUUCACUGUGUGUAUUAUUGCCAAAAUUGGUAUGGAGACAAUUGUAGCUGGUACGUUGUUGCUAAAAAUGGCCCCAACAUGACUUCCUUUGACGAGACUAUCAACAGCGCGUAAAACCGCCGGGGUUUGCUUUUCCCGGUGCAAUAAUGCCAAUUCCUGAAGAUUUGCUACUGAUGGGUCCAGUUUCAGUAUGGGCCCGAGGAUUUCCAAGAUGUGUCUAGAUCUGGACUGAUGAAGGUCCAGGGGGAGGUCGUAACAGUGUUCUGCGGUAGAAACUCAGUUAUAGUAUUUUUUUUAAUUAACGGUAUGGUCUCGCGUUGUCGUCCAUGCACACGGGUCUGGUAGCCAGAAGGUGGGUACAAAAUCUGGUAAAACUAUCGGAUACAGGAUUUGACACCUGUCACCAACCAGAGUCCCUGUGCAGUGACCAUGUCCAGCUUGUAGAAAUGGGACAGACGGUCCCACAUCAUGACUGAUCGUCCACCAAAUUGUACUUUUGGAAGAAUGUUCCUUGGCGUGUAUGUCUUCUUUCUUUGCCAUCAGACCCAAAUACGCUCAUAUGUGACACAAAAGAAGAACCUGAUUUCAUCCGACUUGUGAAUCUCCCCCGAUAUCCUCCAUGAUUUCACAACUUACCUAUGGAGAAUUGUUCAUGUCCUUACCAAAUUGAUUCUAUCAAUAAUUAUUACAUUCAAGGUCGCGCGACCUUUUCAGGGGGUGCUCAACGUUUUUUCCAGGUUAAAAUACACGCCUAUGCACAUUUUGUAUAGUUGUUCAUGUUUUAAUUCAAUAUAUCAUUGUAAUCUUUAGCUAGAGAUUAACGUAUCAAUUUAUAGUUGAAUGGCAGGAGGGCGAAUAUCUGUAAAGUGUUUGAAUAUCAAAAUCAGAGUUGUUUGAAAACGCUUUCAGGUGGGAUUAGUAUUAGUAUCAGUUUGUUCCUAUUGUUGAGACUGCUACAUUGUAAUGUUAUCUUGAUUUGAUGUAUAUAAAAAGUAUUGUUGAUCAGC